AUGUGCUACGAGGUGAAGUGCGCGAGUUGCGGGAAGACGAGCUGGGGAGGAUGCGGAAGGCACGUCCCGUCAGUUUACCAAAAGGUCCCUGAAGCUCAGCGCUGCCUCUGCAAAGCCUGGCCCGGCGUCGAUCCCAACAACCCGCCGGCCGCCGAUCAACAGUCCUCCCUCUGCUCUAUUAUGUGA